AUGCGUACUGCUUUCAUCCUAUCCCCGUUGUUGCCCAUCGCUGCGGCUCACUUCACGCUCGAUUGGCCCGCAGCUCGCGGCUUUGAUGAGGACAAGAUGCCCACCUUUCCCUGCGGCGGCUUCAAUACACCCUCUUCCAAUCGAACCAGCAUUGCACUAGACGCCAACGUCCUUCCAGUCGACAUCACCUUUCAUCACUCGCAGACAGCCGUAUCCUAUCUCCUUGCUCUAGGCUCAAAUCCAGGCGAUAACUUCAACAUCACCCUUGAGCCGACCUUGGGAGCUCAUGGGUUGGGUGAAUUCUGCUUACCGAGCAUUCCCUUAGACUCAAAGACUCUCGGAGUGUCUCUACACGACGGACAAAACGCAACUUUGCAGGUGGUUACAGACGGUGAUAAUGGCGGUGGACUAUUUGCUUGUGCCGAUAUCGUGUUUUCCUCAAGCGUCACGACCAACACGCCUACCUCGUGCAAGAACAAUACCGGAGUCGAGGCAACGCCUUUCUCCGGAAGCGCUGCCACACGUAUUGCAAAUGAGUCCGAUGCAAACGGUGCAGCUCAAAGUGGUUCGGGCACGGCGACUUCAUCGGGUACCUCUCCUACAUCAACCUCUCAGGGUGCCGGGGUGCCUUUGCAGACUGCAAGCUGGGGAAUUUUGGGAGCCGCCGUCUUAGGUGGCGUUGCGAUGCUUUGA